AUGUCGGGAUUUCAGUCAUCAGCCUCAUCUCCGUUUGGUUUAAACUCUGCAAGCUCAAGUCAUGUGGAAGAAAUUCAAGAGCCUACACAUGACUCGAGGGAGGUUGAAAAUUUGUCUACACCCUCUGAAUUCAAAGAUGACAAUGAGUUCGGUACACAAAAUACAGUGCAUACUGAACGGACCGAUAUCAUUAAGGAGCUAAAGUUGGGGAUAGUGUUUAAAUUUGAAGAAGAGUUAGCUUCUUACUAUAAAAGAUAUGAGAAACAAUACCGUUUUGAGAUAAUGACACAAAUGAGUCAUAGGUUUGAGGAUGAGAGGCUUAGAUAUGUCACGCUGGGUGGUGCUUGUGGUGGGAAGGGACGAAACCGGACAAAAAAUGUCGCGAGGCCACAUGUGACAUCAAAGACAGACUGUAAUGCAAGGAUAAAUGCUACGUUCAUUGAAGGGGUGUUCAAGUUGUUGACUGUUCACAAUUUCUACAAUCACGGACUAGGUCCACAAAAGUCGAGAUUAUUUCCCUGCAAUAGAGAAGUAAGUGAGUCUAUUAAGAAAGUGUUAGAUACAAAUGAUCAGGUUGGCAUAAGAAUGAACCAGAGUUUCACCGCUCUUGUACAAGAAGCUGGUGGAUUUGAGAACUUGUCAUUCAAUGACAAUGCACGCCACCUUCGACUUGAAAAAUGUGGCAUUGGAGGCCUCCGUGAGUAUUUUGCUAGGAUGCAAUACAAGAAUGAUGGAUUCUUUUCACUAAUGGAUAUAUAUGAUGAUGGGAGGUUGAGGAAUGUUUGUUUGGCAUAUUCACAAAGUAGGGCAGCCUACAAAUAUUUUGGUGAUGCAGUCACAUUCAACACCACAUAUUUGACAAAUAGGUAUGGGAUGUCGUUCGCACCAUUUGUUGGUGUAAACCACUAUGGUCAGUCAAUCCUUUUGGGUGCAAGAUUAAUUUCUAGUCAGGAUACCGAAAUGUUUACAUGGUUGUUUCAGACUUGGUUGAACUGUAAGAAUGGUGAAGCUCCGAAAGUUAUUAUCACAAAUCAAGAUAGAUCUAUGAAAAUGCGAUUGCUCUCAUCUUUCCAAAUAGCCGAAAAAUAUUUUGCUUAUGGCACAUACUGA